CUUACAGGAUCAGAUCAGUCUCAAUAAUUGCAAACGGAAAGAUGUGCACAGAACAAUUCACAAAUACAUUCCAAUGCACACAAAUAAAUUCAGAAUAUAUUUAUGCAAUUGUAUGUAUUUGUGUUUUUUUUUAAUCAUUAAAACAGAGGAAAUAUAAACUUGAACAUAGUAAGUGUUAAGUAAACAAAUAGAGACAAUAGAUUUUGUUCUACAUCCGUAUGUCAUGUAGAGCACUUAGAGAAACUAUACCUGACAGUAUGCAAACUGUAGCGCCUCAAUGUCAAGAGAUUGCCUCUCCAAGAUUUGUACCAGUCUAUCAUGCAUCUCUGAAAGAUGUCACGUCUCAAAGACUCCUAGCGAGUAAACAAAGACAAUAAUAAAGAAAUAAAGAAAAAUGUGUGUUAACUGCUCCCAAAAUGACAUCACUCAAAAUGAAAACUUAUAUAUAAAAUAAAAUAUUUUAAAACACUUAUUUAUCCACUCCAACGUUGACAAAUUGACAAAAAUAUGUUUUAACAAUUAAGCUAUUUCCAAGUUACCGGUGAGAGUGUGUUGUGUUAGUUGGAGAAAAAGAAGUUCGUAAAAAUGAUUGUAUAGUGACUUUAACUAUCUUAAAUUAGCAUUAGCUCAUGAUCCUAGUUGUCUCUAUGCAUUAUAUUGCAAAUCAGUUAGCUAAUGCUUGUAUUAAAAUGUUUCACAUCAAGAAGGAAUUUUCGUCCUCAUGACUGCCGCUCACUGGAUAUUUUCUGAAAAUUCUCUGUAAACCCCAGAUGUGGUUGUGCAUGAAAAUCAUAGCAGCUCAGCAAUUUCUGGCAUUCUCAGAUCAGACCUUUGAAUAAAGGGAAUUUAUUCAAAGUCACUUAAAUAAAUGCCCUUUCUUCCUUCCCCAUUCCGAUGGUUUCAACUUCAGCAAGUUGUCUUGACCACAAAUUAUAUAAAUAAUGCAUGCAUUAUGUAUAAAGUAUACAAUGUAUAUCGAUAAUACCUGUCUACCUGUAGGUUUGAACUGUGAGAAGUAGAUGUAAUCAUCCCCCUAACCCCAAUGAAACCAAUUAGGUCUGUGAUUGAAUGUAAGCUACUAAAGAACAGUAAUGAGUUGGUGUCAUUACUGGCAUCCAGUGGGGACUACAGUCCUAUUCACAGAAAGCUACAGUACCAUCACCCAAUCACGUCAGCCACUAGUGGUGAAACACGUAUAAAAUAGCCUUAAAUCAUAUUCUAUUGAGCUGAUGACUGACAGAUGUUUAAUCAAGGAAAAUUUCACACCUCUUUACUAAAAAAGGAGCGAAACAAUGCGAAAAUAUGCACAACAAGAUUCAAAAGAAAACAGCACAAUAUGCAGAAUUUUCUUUCACCAAUCGUGGAAUGGAUAUUAAAAGUGUUGUGCUUUUUUUGGUGCAUAUCUUUUAGCAGCUGUGGCUUCUUCAUAUACAGAGAAAGAAGUUGUCACUCCUUCUUACAUGACUUCAACGGCUGACACAGGCUAUUAGUGCCAGCAGCAUGGCAAGCACUGCCAUGGUUACCUGUGUGGAAAGCCAGUCAUUGGGGACUCAUCCCACAUCUCUCAGCCCGGCAUCAUCAACAUGUUUACUGAUACCACGAAAGAAUGACUAAACGUAUAAAAUCAAUUCUACAAAGAUAAGAUCAAGCAAUCAUGCAAACGUUUUUCAUGCUGCUAUACCACAUGGCAUUGAAAUGCAUUACAUUUUCUGAAAUAUAAUAUAUGUAACAAUUGAUGUAAUUUUACUACGAAGAUGAAUAUAAUUCCAAAUGUUUUCAUGAAUUUGAUAAUUAUCCGCUGGCUGUUGUGAUUUUUUUAUCCAUCUGGGACUGAUUAUGGCGGGGGUGUUGGAGGGGGGAGGAGAAUGACACAGCCACAGAUAAUUUUGUCUUUGAGUACGCCCUGAGCAGUGAGUCAGUAUCAUCUCAAAGAGGAGCAUCCACGCACAAUGUAUGUUGGGGAUUUUGAUCUGUGGAAAAUGAUUUGGAUGCUCUCCGUCUGGGUGGUGACGGCCCUGCUGGCUCUUUGCAGGGGACAAAACACUGCGCUUGAAGGAUAUAGACUGUCUGAGUCUGGCUACCAUCUAUGUGUUCACAAUGUGACAAGGAAUGUCACUUUCCUGGUGAUGCACACGGUCCCCUACGUCGUCACAAAGCCUUGUGGCGGCUGGCUCCCCUGGAAGACAUGUACAGUCACACUUUACAGGAUGACCCAUCAGACCGAGCACAAGACAGUGAUGGAGCAGGUGACGGGAUGCUGCAGUGGCUACGAACAGGUCGGCCGUUACUGCGCACGGCCUGUAAACUGGAGUGCAGAGCUCUCUGCCAAGCCAGGAUCUUGUCCAACUACAGAUGGAUUGUGUCCCAGAUCUGAGGACUGCGAGUGGGACAUGGACUGCCCAGGCUGGCAGAAAUGCUGCCCCCAAUCGGGCCACUUUGUCUGCAUGGAUCCUACAAGCACAGCUAAUUACUCACAGAAUGGAAGAUGCAGAUUUAAUGCCACGGUGACGGUGAAGACAGAUUACCAGCAACUUAUUUCCAGUGAAAGAGGAAUUCUGAAUCACACGCGGUUGCUACAAGCAAUGGUGACUGGAGCUCUGCAGUCUGACGUUUCUGUUUAUUACCUCAGCUCACAGCCUAUGCAUCCAUACAGAACCGCCACCUCGCUGCUGAUUGACUGCAACUUUGCUCUUUCACUGCACAAUGUCACGUCAAAGCUGCACCAUCUCCUCAAACACAUCCAAGAGGUGACAUCUGUCAGUGUGGAAGAUGUUGAUGAGUGUGCACAGUCUGCGCUCCGUCAGUGCUCCCUUCAUGCAGACUGUAACAACACAGUGGGCUCCUACAGUUGCACAUGCCACCACGGAUAUAUUGAUCUAGACUCCAGGAAACCUGGAGCCCAUUGCACAGCGCUUGCUGUUACCUCCCAUACGCCCGGUACCACAGCCUACACCACAGCCUCCAACAGCACGCUAGAAGACCUUCCAAGCAUGAGCUUAACUGUAGAGCCACUUCUGCCAACAACCACGUGCUCUCUUCCCAGCAUCACUGGCGUGUGGUCGGCUAACGUCAGCGCAACCUCCUUCGACAUCUUCUGGUCGAGCUGGACAAACCAGACAUAUCAGGUUGUUCUGAGUAGAAGGUCAGAAAUAGUUGGGUCUUGGAUGACCAGCCAGAAGAUGGUGGAGGUAAGAGACCUGCAGCCAGGAAUGCUCCACAACAUUACCGUCACACCGUAUUCCUGUGGAAACCAAGGAGACGCCCUUGGUAUAUUGGUCAAGACGGAUGCUCUGACUCUCUACGCCACAACGCGACUCACCAACAUCCAGUUCACUGCCGAUCUGCAGAACACCAGCAGCCAGGCAUACGAAAACCUCACUGAGAGUAUCAGAGAGGAGAUCUACCAGUCUCUGUCUGCAGAGAUGAAGGCCAUGAUGGGUUCUGGCCAGGUGAGAAUGGACAUAAGAAGCUUUUCACCGGGGAGUAUCGUGGUCAAUUUCACCAUCGUCUUCGCCUCCAAUCAAAGCCAAGACAUUGGUCAUAUGUCCAAAGCUCUGCUGGACUCCCUGAUGAACAGCACCAAGUACAAAGUGGACCAAAACAACACAAGCACAAAUGAUUUUAACGAAUGUGCUUCAAAUGAAAAUGACUGUUCCCAGUGGGCUACAUGCACAAACAGCUGGGGCUCCUACUCAUGUGUUUGCCUGGAAGGAUUGAUAGACAUAAGCCCAAAAAGGCCUGGGCGAGCCUGUCAAGAAAAUGCAACAACCCACAUUACUGCCCCAACAACCACUAUUACUGCGCCUGCAACUAUCAUUACUUCUCCAACAACCAAUCUUACUGCCCCAAAAACUAACCUUACUGCCCCAACAACCAAUAUUUCUGCUCCAACAACCAACGUUACUGCGCCUGCAACUAUCAUUACCGCUCCAACAACCAACAUUACUGCUCCAACAACCAACGUUACUGCCCCAACAACCAACAUUACUGCCCCAACAACCAACCUUACUGCCCCAACAACCAACAUUACUGCCCCAACAACCAACCUUACUGCCCCAAAAACCAACAUUACUGCCCCAGCAACCAACCUUACUGCUCCAACAACCAACGUUACUGCGCCUGCAACUAUCAUUACUGCUCUAACAACCAACUUUACUGCCCCAACAACCAACAUUAGUGCUCCAACAAACAACAUUACUGCCUCAACAACCAACCUCACUUCCCAAAAAACCAAAAUUACAGCCCCAACAAUUAACAUUACUGAACCAACAGUCAACUACACCUCGACAUCCACCGUUGCCAGACCCAUUAUCACCAUUACAGCUCCGACAACCAUUGCUACGAGAACUGCCACAAAUGUCUCUCUGCUGGGGGCAAUAUCGGUCCAGUGCAGGGUUGCUGCCAUCACUGUGACAGUUGCCAAGGACUUUCUCCUGACCAACAAGAUCAGGGAGCGCACUCUAUACUUGGGAUCCCCGGAAUGUACUGUCAAUGGAGAAAACGCCAGCCAUGCCCAGCUGACUGUGGCCUGGGAUGAGUGUGGUACUAAUCUAGUGCAUAAUGAAAGCCACUACAUGGCAUCUGUAACCCUGUUCAACAACAUGGAAAUGUACACAUCAGGGAACGAAAGAGUGGAGGUACCCAGAAUACGGCUGGAGGCUCCCAUCAUGUGUACCUACAAGAAGAGCACGCUCAUCUCUGCUGACUUUGGCUUCAUGGGUUAUGAUAUGAGAAGAAAUAUUAUCACAGGCUUGGGAUUGCUACGGGUGACAUUGCAACUGAUGGCCGGUACAGUGCCUCUACCCAACAACCACAGCUUAUCCUCUGAUGAGGCUGUAGUGGUGGAGGUCAGCCUCAACCACUCUUCAGAGCAGAUGAAAGCAGUCAUCAACAAAUGCUGGGCCACUCCCACCCAAAACUCUGAAGACGCAAAUGGCGUUACCUUCCUGGAGAACAGCUGUUCACGGAACAACUACACAAUGGUGUUAAUGAACGGGAACUCCACCACAUCUCGUGUGUCUGUGCAGAUUUUCUCCGUCGUCAAUGUGAAUGUGAUCUAUGUGCACUGCCUGGUCCAGGUCUGUGUGGAGAUCGGAUCAGAUACCUGUGUGCCCGACUGUCUGCAAAGAACAGCUCGGUCUUCAAAAACAAUUGGCAAUACUGUCACUUCUUCCAGGGCUCUGAUGAGGUCCAAUGAUGAGUCCUUAGAGGAAGGAUUUAGCACUCUCUACGUAGCAGGCAUCUCCUGUCUUGGCAUCGGCCUGACGCUGUUCAUCGUCAUUGGUUUCGUCUGCAUUUUUUACUUCCACAGGAACCGCAUUGGACACUACAACUUUAGCGCCAAACCCAAACAGGAGAACUUCACCUACAUUGUCUUUAACACCUAAAGGUGUAGCAGCACCCGCUACCAAAUUCAAAGAAUUAGAAAAGAUGACACUUUUAACAGGCCAUCACAGUAAAGCUACCACCGAGUGGCACUGUUGUAUAAUUCACAUAUUUGCUCUAAAGAAACGUUGCAAAUCUUCUCAAUGAACGAAAUACAGAUUAUUUAUGUUUACAUUUUAAAUACCCAUAACAUUUAAUAUAUUGAAAUGAUAGUAAAGAUAGUUCAGUUACAUACUGAAUGUCGUAUAUAUAUAUAUAGAAUAUCAAUAAUUCACAUGAAAUAAUACUUUAAAUGUUAAAAAGUUUUAGUCUUGAAACGUGAUGGUGCAAGACAUAUAAAAAUGAUUUGAAUUGAAUUGAAUAUUUCCUUACAUGAAAUCAAAGCUUUAAUGUAGUGAGUGCAAGAAAUUUGAUUGUUUUGCAUAUCUGUCUAGAUCACGAUGUUCAUGUUUAAUACUAAUCAAGCCGUAGUUCAGCAGCUUUUUUUCUACAUUUACACAUAUUGUAAUUGAAUUGACCGUAACUGUACUAUUCACUGUGUACCAGUUCCUCUUUUAUGCUUAAAGCAGUGUAACAAUAAACCUGUGUGAAUCUAGA